GUUGAUAAAUUUUGAUUUCUUUUGCGUGAAAUUUAUUGUUACAAAAAAAGCAACGCUUAUUGUUGGUUAAUGGUUCAUCGAGAAUAUGAACGUUUGUGCGACUGGCAAUGUCGUCAUUGUGGAAACAAAUCUGAUCGAGGAGAAUAACAAGAAUGUACCAGUCAACGUUAGCUGCGAUGGUUUUCAGGAUUACUCAGGAUCGCAGGAUAUAUUUUCAGAUGAUGACCAAGUAAAAAGUACAACAUAUUUUUCACCAAAAAUCACAUUAGCUAAUAACACGCACAAUUCGUCAAUUAUUUCGUUAAAAACUCCGACACUUUUCAAAAACACUGAAGAAUCUCCUGGUAAAGCAAUAAUACCAAGAACUCCAGCUGAUCUUAAGUCAUUUAUCGCUAAAACAAGCCUAUUGUGGACCAGUGACAUGGAGACUCCAGAGAGCAAUCUUAGAGGAAAAGCUGAUAACUGUGAUAAAACGGAAAAUUCUGUCCAUACGAGUUCAAUGUCUCUGCCAAAAACUCCGAAUUCCAAAGAGGUAAAGCCAGGAAUGGAUGCUCUUACUUCUCCAGUACUGGGAGGGAAAAAAAGAUCCCGAAAAUAUGCAAAACGUCGAAUUCUGAGCACCAUUAAUAUGGAUUUAGAUAUUGAUCAACAAAGUAGUAUUAGUAGUAAUAGUGAUAAAGUUCCUUCUGAUGCGGCUGAUUCAGUGAAUAAUGAGCCUAUUACAGACAAUAAAUUGGAGCCAAUUCCAAAUGAAUGUUUCAGUCCUAUCAAAAGCAUUUCAGAUUUAAAUGAAAAUAAACCACUUUGUAAGAAUACAAAAUUUGACAAGAACAGCAAUACGUCAACACAAGAAUUUUUCAUCAAUGCAUCGUUUACGUCCAUCGAUCAAUUGUGUUACAGUAUUAAUCAAGAUGAAAAACCUAGUUUGACAGAUUUAUCAGAAUCGCGUGUUAAAAAAUAUAAUAUUGUUAAAGAAGAAAAUGAAGACGUGGAUCAUCACAUGCUGGAUAGGAUUGCCUCUAUAAAACGCAAUCAAAAGCCUUUAAAGAGACUAUCGGAUAUUAAUCAUACUAUUAUUCCAAAAGAAGUGUUUUCUAGUUCGGUCAAAGAUCUUGAAAUCGCAAACGCAAAGUUUACCGUCGAAAAAAGAGAUACAAAAAGUGAACCUCUGAAAUCAAUGUCUUUUACAAAAUUUUCAGAUUUGAAAAAUUUGUUAGAACAGAAUGAACAAUCAAAGAAAGAUGAAGAACCAAAUAAUCAUUUCAACAAUGCAGUGCCACCUGAAUUUGUGGAAGAUUGGAAUGCAAUGGACCUUCAGGUAAAUGAAAAUGUAUUUGUGAAAAAAGAAAAACCUGACGUAAAACCCGCAAUAGGAGAUUUAAUAACUCUACCGAUAACCAGUACAAACAGUGAAGGUAAUGUAAUUUGUAAUAGUAAUUUAAUUAAGAAAGAAUUAUCUGACUUGGGUAUUUCUUCGAGUGAAUCUGACACUGGAUUUUCAACAGCCAAUGGUAAAGGCAUUGUUGUAAAUGAGGAUACUCUGUUGAACUAUAAAAAAAUUUAUAGUGAAAUAGAAAGUGAAACUUUAAAUGAAAAUACCUUUAUUGGCUUGAAAAAAAACAAGUUGCAGUUGCCUAAGAGUAAAGAUUGCACUUCUAAAUUUUCAUCUGUAGCAAAUGUAAAUAAAAGUUCAUUAGUUGAAGAUGGAAAGUUGAAAAAAGUUGAAAAAUUAAAGCUUUUUGAAGAAUUAGAUUUACAAGAAUUUUUAGAACCAAAAUCUAGUGCUGAGUGUACUGAGACAAUGAACAACGGUUUUUCAACCGCUAACGGGAAACAUAUUAAAAUCAGUGAAGAAAAAGAAAAUUAUUAUUCUAAUGUGUAUAAUGAACUGAGUGACGUCAAUCAGAAUAGUUUGAACACUUUAAAAGCAAACAAAAAACCAUCAUUAAAACUAAACACAAAACCGUCAGAGAAAACUGUUAAUUUGAUGGGUGGAAAUAAUUUUAAUAAUUGUACAAUCACGUCUUUAACUUUCAUUGAAAACGGAAUAGAAGUACUUGAUAAGCAAACUACUGAUGGCUUUUCAACUGCACGUGGUAAAAAAAUAGAUGUCAGUGACGAAAAAGAAAAUUACUAUUCAAAUGUGUAUAAAGAGUUGGACAAUGUUGACGAAAACGGUUUGAGUUCUUUGAAGCGAAGAAAAUUGCAAUCAAAAACUAUUAAAAAACCUUUCGAUAAAGCUGUAGUUGCAUUCAAUAGAGACAUAAAAAAUUCUAAAACAACGAAUGCUGUUGAAAAUAAAAUUACAGUUGUAGAUACAAAAGCAACAAAUGAUUGUUUCUCAACAGCUGGAGGAAAAAAUAUUUCCAUUGAUCCAGAAAAAGAACAGUUUUAUUCAAAAAUGUACGAACAGUUAAGCCAAGAGGUCAAUAACGAAAACAGUCUUCUUCAUCUGAAUAAGAAAAAAUUUUCAAAAUUGAGUUGCAAUAAAAAUCAUAUCAACAAACCUUCAACCUCGAUGAAUCGUAAUAAAAAGAGCAUCGAAGAUGUGAAAUUGUCCAUGAGCAGCGAUACUGACCAUGUCUUUUAUAAUCUUGGUGAUUUAGAAAAAUUGUUCCAAAUAGAUUCUGCAAAAACAGAAGUCGGAAAUGACAAUUGCCUCUCUGUUCCAAGUGCAUCACACACACCGGUGAAUACUAAUCCGUUCAGAUCGCUUCCAAAGUCAAUGCAUACAAUGGAAGGAAAUAAAGCAGAUAUUGGUCUCUUGAGAACCAGCAGUCCAAUAGCCAAACCAGAAAAUAAGCCUAUGAAGAGUCAAAUAGGAAACCUUAAGCUAAAAUUAGAAAGUUGCGAGCCAAAGAGGACAGAAAGGUGCCGAUCUUUUUGCGGUUUCCCAGUAGCCAAUAACGUCAGUCCAGAUGCACUCAAGCUCAACAAAUCCGAUCCGGUUGAUGAAACUUACGCAAAUCAACCGCUUCAACAAGGCUUGUCAAUCAGCCAGUGCUUUGAUCCUCAUUCAGAUUCUUGGUUGUCUAAAAUCGAAAUCAGCCAUCUGAACAGCUCUAAAGUAAAUUCACCGGAUCCAAAGGUGAAGAAGCAUAAAAGCAAGAAGGAAGAAAAUACUGCACUAGCUAGUGACUCAAAGUCUGAGAAAUUUGGUGAUCUACGAGGUUUUUCGUUUCAAGACUCUGUCGAGAGCUUUCGUCGUUACUCGAGGUAUGAAAGUUUCCUUAAGAAACAUCUCGUAAAGUACGACAAGUGUAUUGAUCUGUACAUCUACGAAGGUGAGACCAUAUCGAUUUCCAAUCAGACCUCGGUAAGACAGCACCUAUCUGUACAAUGUGCGAACACGUUAAAUGUGCAAAAAAGCACGAAAGUGUCUCAUUACGAUGUGAUAAAAGCUUCGCCUGUAAAAUUGCCAGAAAAGUGUAACGUCGUGAUCGAGAAAGUUGCUAAAGGUGGUGAGAAACGAAAGCACAUGGACACUGAAGUCACGCCGUUAACGAGAGUGAAAAAGCCUAGGGUUGGCUUUGAGUUUCCCGGCAAAAAAUUGUUCUCCAAUGAAUCCGAUAUCGAGGAGUGCAGUAGCAAGUUCAAUGAGCAGAAAAACAGUUUACAGUCAUCCCUGAAAGAAACUGAAUUGCGCGUCAAAGUAGUGGACAAGGACUUGUCUAAAGAGCGGUGGAGAGCUAUCCAACAACAGGAAAAAAUAAUAAAAAAUAAAAAGCAGAUAAAAGUUAAGCCUGUAGUAGGUAGUUUGUUACAAGAGCGACUUGUAAAUAGCAAAAAUCGAAAAUCAUGGUCUGAUAUAGUAGGCAACUUUGUGCCUAACGCUCGUAAGACUGAACACAUAAUACUAGAUCAUCCCGAUGCAAAAGUGCUCGAAGUUACAGCAUCAAACGCUAUAUGCUAUAAAUUUAUUUCUUCUAACAUCAUUGGAAAUGAAAAGGUUGUUAGUUUAGAUGUUGGUGACGGUGCGAGUUUAAUUUUCGACGAAAACGGUCACGCUGGUGUUGCCGAGUUUGUUAGUGCAUUUUUGGCAAUGCAAGGCGUUGAUCCAAAACUUUUACCCACAGGCUGGAUUGAAAAUCAUUACAGGUGGAUUGUUUGGAAGCUCGCUUCGAUCGACAGAAUACACUUUGAUUCCUUGCAUUUGCCAAAAACGUUAAAACCAGAGCGUGUCAUGCAAGAAUUGAAAUACCGCUACGACCGAGAAAUUGAUCGGGCAGAGAGACCAGCUUUAAGGCGGAUCUUGGAAAAAGACGACGUUCCAACGCGUCGUAUGGUUUUGUGCAUCUCUUUGGUCGAAGAGCAAAAAUUUGGUGACGAGACAGAGAAAGAAUCUCGAAUUAGAUUAGGCUUGUCGCAUUUAAGAGUUGAAGCUACAGAUGGCUGGUACAGCAUUCCCCUAACACUAGACAACUCAAUGACGAGUUACGUUUUGAAUGGCAAAAUCAAAGAGGGCACUAAAAUUAUUACCUAUGGUGCUGAGCUGCUAGAGUGCGAAAGAGGAUUCCAUCCUUUGGAGAAACCAACAAACGUCAGUUUAAAACUACAUGCAAAUUGCACAAGGCGAGCGAGAUGGGACACAAAACUGGGCUUUCAGCUCAACUCGCGACCAUUGCCAAUUAAACUAAAAACUGUUUUGCCUAAUGGAGGUCUUGUCGGUCAGGUGACUAUUGUUGCAGCCAGAGUGUAUCCACUAUUGUAUCGCGAAAAGACCGCGAAUGGCCAAUCAAUAUACCGCAACGCCAGGAGCGAAGAAAAAGCCGCAAUAGCUCACGAGCGCACUUGUCAAUUGAAAAUGGAUGUCAUGUACGCCGAGGCUGAAAAAAAAUUCGAUUCAAAAAAUAAAUCGGAUUCUGAUGAGGAAUUUGAGCUUUCUCAAAGGGCCACGAAAUCGCAAGAAAAAAUGUUUAAACACGAUCACUUGGAGCGCAAGCAGGAGCAAUUCAAACAGAGACUAGAGUCAAAAAUGCGAGAGGGUUUGCCGCCACCACGGCAGGUGACACCGGUACUCAAGGUACGCUUGGUCGAUGACAGGUCUACGGCGAUGUUGAGUAUCUGGGGUGCCAACGAGGACUCGAGCUACGAUGUCAAGGAGGGUAGCACUAUCACUGUAUACAACGCGUUUGCUUCUGCUGGCAGAGGCAAUGAGCUCAGUCUUACAGCCAACAGAUUCACGCACUUGAAGACAGAGACGAUGCUGAAGCUGCCUUAUCCCAUUCGAAUUUGCACUCUGAUACCCGACAUCACAUCGUCGUGUUUCGAGCCUAAAUUCAAUGAAAUCGAUACCAUCGGUGUCGUUGUUUCCUGGGGUCCAGCGCCAUACGGUAUGAAAAACUUUGACGUGAUGAAUCUCGCCUACCCAAAACCAGGCAACGAAGGCUCAUCCUAUUUAUCAGUACUAUUCUGGGGUGGUAUCAAUUCGUACGGCUACCAAGGAUUAUUCACUCCAGGCGCUGUUGUUGCUUGCAGCAAUUUGGAGUACCGAAGGAACAGUGCCUGGAGCGUAGCGCUCGCCUAUUGCUCGGAAAAGAGCGUGUUCACCUGCAAUCCUCGACAAUCUUACCUCUCCAAGGAGAUUCGUAGUCUUAAAGAUGUCGUUCAGAAUCCGGUAACUUAUGCGGAAAGCUGCAUCAAUGAGGUUCAAGCUGAGUUGUCGAAAAAGCUAAAGCCUCGGUCGAACCAGAGCACACCUACGGGACCGAUUUCCGAACGAACGUCCUUUCACAAUAACUCAUCGUUGCUCGGUCCACAGGACAGCCCUGCCGGUAUUACGAUACAGCGUCGCUUAGAAAAGCUGUCGCAAUACGGUAGCAUGUCGGACGUUUCGCCGCACAUUGUGCUUAAAAACAGCUCGUCACGCGUAAAAAAAGACUAUACGCCCGUAACACCUCGUUAUGGUACCCGAUAGUUGAUGACUUUUUGUGAAACGUUCGCGAAUUCUGUACAAAUGUUUUUCUGUUAAAAAAGUAUAAAUAUGUUGUUUUCUUGUUAAAUGUACAGUGAAUGAUCGGUAUCUACUGGUCAUGCUUUAAAUGUUGUGUUGUUAUUCAAGUUAAUUAUAUGGAAGCAAAAAUAGUACUUUGGAAAAUUCGGGCCGUCGAUCGGAUCGAACUCUUCUUUAAUGAGGUAUAUAAAUAUAAUCGAUAUUGAGACUAUAAAUUUUCUUCAACUGUUGACUUCAUCAAUAAGUUAAUUAA